AUGGCUGACUCGAGGUCCACCCCGGCCUCUUUCACAUUCCACCACACUCCCCGGGCACAAAGCGGGCAUGCGACGGCCGGACCGAGUCAAGCAGAUGGCCACCCGGAAGGGUUGACCCCGUUGACGCAUCCGACGCAUUCGGAUCGGACGAUCGAGCCAAGCCCGCACACGAGACAUGGAGCCGGGUCCAAGGUGGACCCGAUUGCAGAGAAACGACGACAAAUCGAGCUUGCCUCGCGAGAGCUCGAAUGGCAAAUCCGCGAACUUACGAUUCAGGAGGAGAGGCGCGCGUACGAGCAAGAACGGAACACCACUGUAAACCAUGCAACGUCGGCCAGCACAACCGAAAUGCGGAAGGCAGAGGAAUGGCUGGAUAGCACUGAUCGUUGCGGGGAGACACAACCGGCUCGCGGGGUAGGGUUCCUCGGUGAAAACCCGGCAGAACGUAGCUUAUUUUUUCCGGAAUACGCGAGUCGCUCGGGGUUUUCAGAAUGGCGCCGAAAGAUGGAGGCUUCGGCGGCGGUGAACCGCCAUUCUGCAUGGACCGGCCCAACGAUGGCGACCCAGGGUCAUCAACCGGAAUCGGGCGGUCGCCAUUGCGAUAACGGGGCUAUGCCAAAGGCGUCGGGACACAACACUUCACUGCACUACGCGGAGGGGACAAGCCCGAGAGGUUUUCCUGCACCGAACGUGAAUCUUUCCGGCGCUUGUUGCAACACAACAAUCCUGAACCAGAGUCAGCUGGCAGCACGGCAAUCGACGAGCAAGGAUCUACCCACAUUCUCCGGCUCAGCGGCGGAGUGGCCCUUGUUCAUCGCGCGAUAUGAGCUAUCAUCGACGCUUUGCGGCUUCAGCGAUGAUGAAAACUUGCUCCGUUUGCAAAAGGCGUUAACCGGUGCUGCACGCAAGGCGGUAGAACAUUUGUUGCUUCUGCCGUCUGGGUUGAAGGAUGCGAUCAACAUCCUCCGAACGAGAUUUGGCAGGCCCGAGCUGAUUGUAGAGUCACUCGUAGAGAGAGUGAGACGAAUGCCGGCACCAAGAAAUGACCGACUCGACACGCUGGCGGAAUUCGGCUUUGAGGUGCAAAAUCUCUGUGCUACGAUAAGAGCAACGGGCAUGUACGGGUACAUGUGUGAUGUUACCUUGCUGAGGGAGUUAACGGCAAAGCUGCCAGACACUACGUUUAUCGAGUGGGCACGACACCGCAGCGACCUCCCGAAUGUGUCCCUGUUCGAGUUUGUAACGCUACACGGGCCCAACGGAAGCAUAAAGACGUUCGCCUUCUUCGACGACGGGUCAACGUCGACCUUCGUGGAACACGGACUAGUCCAAGAGCUAGGACUUCAAGGCACGCCACAUCCACUAUGCUUGAAAUGGACAGGGACGACGACGCGGGAAGAGAAGGAGUCAGUGCAAGUGGCGCUACGGAUCUCUAGCGGACAUGAAUCGGGGACGGUAUACGAGCUUCCAGUAGUCCACUCGAUGAAGAAGCUAGCCCUACCGGAACAAUCAUUGUGCACGGAACAACUAUUGGCAAUGUACACGCAUCUUAGAGGCCUACCAAUAGAGUCGUACAAAAACGUAACCCCUCGAGUUUUAAUUGGAAUCGACAAUUGUCGCCUGGGCCAGCCUAUAAAAACACGCGAAGGAAAGAAAGACGAGCCUACUGCUGCCAAAACGCGAUUAGGAUGGGUGGUUUACGGGCCAUGCGAUAAAACCAUCGCCGCACGUCGCGGAGGUAUGGCCAGCUUCCAUAUCUGCACGUGCAAUGGAGCUAGCGAUGACGCCCUAGACUCUGCCUUCAGGCAAUUCUUUACGCUCGAGUCGAUGGGGAUCCUGCCGUCUGCGGGACCGUUGUGCUCAAAGGACGACGAAAAGGCGCUAGCCAUACUCGCAGAAAAAACGAAGCUACAAGGCGCACGAUACGAAACAGGUCUGCUGUGGAAAAAUGAUGACGUAAAGAUGCCCCCCAACAAAGCCAUGGCCAUGCGACGGUACGAAUGCCUAAAAAGAAAAAUGAUAAAAUAUCCUAAAUUAGCGAACGCCAUACGUGAAAAAAUGAGGGAUUAUGAGGCAAAGGGCUACAUACGUCGACUAAGGGAUGAUGAGUUGACGGAGAGACGACCUCGCGACUGGUUCCUACCCGUAUUCCCAGUCGUAAACGUGAACAAGCCCGGGAAGAUGCGAAUGGUGUUUGAUGCCGCCGCCGAAGUAAACGGGAUAAGCCUCAAUAAGCAGCUCCUUACCGGGCCGGACCAAAUAGCAAAUCUACUCUCGGUGCUAUACCGGUUUCGAGAAUACCGGGUGGCGAUUGUUGGGGACAUUAGGGAAAUGUUCUUCCAAGUACAGAUGAGGCCGGAAGACCAGCGCAGUCAGAUGAUUCUGUGGAGGGAUGAUGACGACGUUACAAAUCCCGACGUUUAUGUGGUGACAGUAAUGACGUUUGGCGCAGCGUGUUCUCCUAGCAGUGCCCACUACGUGAAAAAUAUAAAUGCUGAACGAUUUGCGGAAAAAUAUCCUCGCGCCGCAUUCUGCAUAAAGGAAGAACACUAUGUGGAUGACAUGCUAGCUAGCGUCGAAACGGAAGCAGAAGCCCAGACCUUGGCAGAAGAGGUGCGGUACAUUCACGCUCAGGGAGGAUUCGAAAUUCGCAAUUUUCUGUCGAAUUCAAAAAAGGUCGUCCAUUAUCUACAGGGGCUCACUGAAACAGAAGCAGACGUCUGUGUGACCGACGCGGUAACGGAGAAAGUUCUUGGAAUGUGGUGGAAUACCACGAGCGACUCCUUCUCCUUCAAACAGUCGCCAAAACACAAUCAGGAGCUGCUGACAGGAACGCGGAUGCCGUCGAAGCGAGAGGUGUUGAGCACCUUGAUGAGUGUAUACGACCCAAUGGGACUAAUUGGGAAUUUUUUGAUGUUCCUGAAGAUUUUACUGCAGGAGACCUUCCGUGCUAAGCUCGAGUGGGAUCAGAAGAUCGAGGGACGACUCACCGAGAACUGGGUAGUUUGGAUCUCGGCCUUGCCAGAAGUGGAAAAGGUAUGCGUGCCAAGGUGUUAUCGGCAAAUGACCUCAACGGAAGCCGUCAUACAACUACACAUAUUCUGCGAUGCCAGCGAAAACGGGAUGGCAGCAGUGGCAUAUUUUCGUUUUGAAGAGCGGGGAGUAAUCGAAUGCGCGCUUGUGGGCUCCAAGACGCGGGUGGCAUCCCUCAAGUAUGCAUCGAUACCACGCCUCGAGCUGCAAGCCGCAUUGAUCGGAGCGCGCCUAGCCUGCUGUAUCGCGGAAUCGCAUCGAACAAUAACAGCCCAUAACUACUUCUGGACUGACUCACGAGACGUGACCUGCUGGUUACAAUCAGAUCACCGCCGAUACUCUCAGUUCGUUGCCUUCAGGGUUGGUGAGAUUACCGAGAAAACAAACAUCCGCGAUUGGCAGUGGUUGUCCACUAAACUCAACGUGGCCGACGAGGCUACAAAGUGGGCAAAAAUACCUGACCUUUCGCCGACUAGUCGCUGGUUUCGAGGGCCGGAGUUUUUGUGGUCUCCGGAGUCGAGUUGGCCAGUGCAAAGGGAAGAACCGGGUGAGACAGAAGAGGAAAUCCGCAAACACGUGAUGCAUCACUCUGUGGAACCACCCUUGAUUGAGUUUACGCGAUUCAGCCGGUGGACAAGAUUAUUGCGAGCUGCCGGAUACGUCGUCCGCUUCAUUAGCAACACGAGAAGUUUUAAAGGAGUAAAAACAAAAGCGACGGGGCCGCUAAGUUAUGACGAACUCAGGAAUGCCGAAGCAAUACUACUGCAACAGAUCCAGGCAGCAGAAUUUUCGGAUGAGAUACGCAAACUGAAAGGGGCGAAGAAAGCUCAUCCCUGGCAGCAAGUCAUAGCGAAGUCGAGCUCGUUAUACAAGCUCUCGCCGGCUUUCAAUGACCAAGGGGUACUAGUACUCAGGGGACGGCUGCCCCAGAGCCCCUGGUUUGACGAGACGAUGAGUAGUCCGGUGAUUCUACCGAGAGGACAUUACGGAACGGAUUUACUCAUUCGAGACUUCCAUGAGAGACUAAAGCAUGGUAACCAUCAGACAGCGAUCAACGAAAUACGUGCCAAGUACUAUAUACCUCGGCUGAUGACGGAGUACAAGCGAGUGCUGAAAUCCUGCCAGCACUGCAAAAACCGAGAUGCAAAGCCCGUUGCUCCCGUAAUGGGAAGUAUCCCAAAAGAGAGGCUAGCUAUCUCCCAACAACCCUUUACGUACACUGGACUGGACUAUUUUGGCCCGAUGUACGUAACAGUCGGCCGACAUGAGGAGAAGCGUUGGGGGGUGAUAUUCACCUGCCUAACCACGAGAGCAGUUCAUCUUGAGGUCGCACGCUCGCUAACAGCCGAUUCCUGUAUUCUCGCUAUACGCCGCUUCAUGACGAGGCGUGGAGCACCCCGAGAAUUCAUCAGCGAUCAGGGUACCAACUUCAUCGGGGCAUCCCGCGAACUAGCUGAGAUAGUUAAAGAACUAAGUGGCGGAGUGAUGAUGGCCCAUUUUAACGGUCCUGACUUGAAGUGGACCUUCAACCCACCAGCAGCACCCCACUUUGGCGGCUGCUGGGAGCGCCUUGUCCGCUCGGUAAAAAAGGUCACCAACGAGUUCGACCUACCACGACGCCCAACAGACGAAGUGUUGGAAACAACGUUAAAGGAAAUCGAGCUGAUUCUGAACUCCAGACCACUGACUUACGUACCCUUGGAAGAUGAGUUUGAAGCGCCGAUCACCCCAAAUCACAUUCUGCUCGGUAGCUCAAAUGGGACAAAACCGCUGGUACCUUUCGAUGACUCACCAACCGCAGUACGAUCGUCCUGGAAAGCAACAGAAAGGAACGCAAACAUGUUUUGGAAAAAGUGGGUGGGAGAAUAUUUACCUACCCUGACACGGCGCACAAAGUGGUUCCAACCAGUGGAACCUCUACAACCAGGAGACGUAGUACUCAUCGCGGAUAAUAAUUUGCCCCGGAACUGCUGGCCAAAGGGACGUGUCACCGAAGUAGUCAAGGCCAAAGACGGACAGGUUAGGAGAGCGACGGUGAAGACCAAGAACGGUACCCUAGAACGUCCAGUAACAAAGUUAGCAAAGUUGGAUGUAUUACCGAGGAAUUACCUUGCGGGGCCACAGGAUGACGUGCCCGAAGAUAUAGUGGACGACUCUACGCUGAACCUGGAUAGUGAAGUAGAUUGA